AGUUCCCUCACAAACAUAACUACGGAAGUUGAUUUCAGGAUAUUGGUUUAUAGGACAACUUUAAACUCUGGACCGACAAAGAAAAGGGCAUCUCUUCUUUCCUUUAAAACACCCAUAACGUGAGCAAGUUCAGGCUUCAGAGUGGGACUGUUCUGAAGGCACUAUAUAGUUCCUAUCAAACUACCAGUCUCCAGAUGUUACCAUGGCUAAGGGUCUUAUACUCACAUAUACUCUAUGGGCAGUGGGUGGACCUCUAGGUCUGCAUCACUUGUAUUUGGGAAGAGACAGCCAUGCCCUAUUGUGGAUGCUUACUCUCGGUGGAUUUGGAGUUGGCUGGGCAAGAGAGUUCUUCCGCAUCCCAGCCUAUGUGAGUGAAGCAAACGCAGAGGCAGGCGGCCACAGAAAGAGACCAAGCGAUGCUGUGCCCCCCUCGGCCAGCCCUGCUCGCUUUGCAGGGCAGGUUUGUGUGGGUAUUUAUUUUGGAACAGUGGCCUUAAUUGGCCUUAGCUCUCUUGACUUCUUCUACUUGAUUGUGCUUCCUCUGUCUGUGGGGGCUGGUGUGCACCUUGUGUCCAAUGUUGGUUCAGAGACCUCUGACCUGCAGAAGACCCUCACUACUUGCCUCAUCACCUCCCCCAUAUUCUAUGGGAGCAACUUCUCCCCUCUGCCCAUCAGUCUCGCCGCUAGUGUCACAGCCGCACAGCACCGCAGAUUCAAGCCAACACAGCCACCGCAACUACUGUACCCACGUCUCUUGCGUCUGAGCCUAGCCUUGCUGGCUUUUUCAGCUCCCCUGGGUUACUGCAUUUUCCACAACACUACUGCCACUCUGUACUACAUCUCUGACUGCGUGGCAUCCAUAUUAGACAUGUUCUGGUUCCUUCCGUGGCUCAGAAGUGUUUUGGAGUUCUUCCUGCUGUUACCAUACAGAAUGCUAUGCAUGUUGACAGGGGGAGUAGGCUAUAGUGAGGAGGCCUGGAGGAAAGUGCUGGAGAUUCUGCUCCAAACCUACACCGAGAGGGAGAGACUGGCACUCAACGUGCUGUCUAUGAAUGAGGAAGCCUCUACGGAGGAGAUAACUCUUCGAUAUAGAGAGCUGGUAAAAAUGUGGCAUCCAGAUCACAACUCUCACCAGCCUUUGGAAGCUCAGAAGAUGUUCAUUAAAAUCCAGGAAGCCUAUGAGACCCUUCUUCACAGACAUAGACCGCGAAAAAAUAGAUGACUUUCCCCCAAAUAAAGAGAAAGAACCUUCCAAUU